UACCACCUCACAGGGAAGAGCUAUCACGGGCGGGCGGUGGAGCAGCGAGCAUUGAUUCAGAGAAACGCGUGGAAAAAUGGCACCUACAGGUGAAGUAGUGUUUGGCGGUGGAGAUGGAGUUUGUGCUGACAAUCGUUUGCGCUGGGACCUCACUCCAGAGCAGAUCCAUCAGCUUACGGAUGAGCUUAUUGCAAAGACCAAGCAAGUCUAUGACUCUGUAGGAUCCUUGGAUCUAGAUGCUGUAACCUAUGAGAACACUCUGAAAGCCCUUGCUGAUGUGGAGGUGGACUACACAGUCCAGCGGAACAUGCUGGAUUUCCCUCAGCAUGUGUCGUCUUCUAAGGACGUGCGCACGGCCAGCACCGAUGCAGAUAAGAAGCUGUCGGAGUUUGAUGUGGAGAUGAGCAUGAGGGAGGAUGUGUACCAAAGGAUUGUAGCGCUUCAGGAUAAACUGCAGGAUGAGUCUAUCACCCCAGAGGGUAAGAGAUACAUGGAAAGACUGAUCAAGUUGGGAAAGAGAAAUGGGCUUCACCUUCCUAAGGAGACACAAGAGGAGAUCAAGAAGAUCAAAAAGAAACUGAGUACACUGUGUAUUGAUUUCAACAAGCAUUUGAAUGAAGACACCACUAGUCUGUCUUUCACUCGUGAGGAGCUGGGUGGACUUCCUGAAGAUUUCCUCAACUCCUUGGAGAAGGACGAGACUGGAAACCUGAAGCUUACCCUCAAAUACCCUCACUAUUUCCCCACCAUGAAGAAAUGCUAUGUCCCAGAAACACGAAGAAAAUUAGAAGAAGCCUUCAACUCUCGCUGUAAAGAGGAAAACUCAGCUAUCCUGAAGGAGCUGGUGGAGCUUCGUUCUCAAAAGUGUGCUCUCCUGGGGUUUAGCACCCAUGCAGACUUUGUGCUGGAGAUGAACAUGGCCAAAGCAUCAAAGAAGGUUGCUUCAUUUCUCGAGGAACUGGCCCGCAAGCUGAAGCCCCUGGGUGAGGAGGAACGCGCCGUGAUCCUGAAGCUGAAGGAGAAGGAGUGUCAGAAGAGGAACCUGCCUUUCACUGGUGAGCUCUACGCCUGGGACACACGCUACUACAUGACCCAGGUGGAGGAGACUCAGUAUGCUGUGGACCAGAAUCAGCUGAAGGAGUAUUUCCCGAUGGAGGUGGUGACCCGGGGGCUCCUAGACAUCUACCAGGAGCUGCUGAAUCUCACUUUCCAGCAGGUAGAGGGCGCCCACGUGUGGCAUGACGAUGUGACUCUCUACUCUGUCAAGGACCGCACCACUGGCAAGAUGGUGGGCCAAUUCUACCUGGACCUUUUCCCCAGAGAGGGGAAGUAUGGGCAUGCUGCCUGUUUUGGCUUGCAGCCUGGAUGUCUGCUCUCCGAUGGGACCAGGCAGAUGGCUGUGGCUGCCAUGGUGGCCAACUUCAGCAAACCCACGGCCGACACACCAUCCCUGCUGCAGCACGAUGAGGUGGAGACUUACUUCCAUGAGUUUGGCCACGUCAUGCACCAGCUUUGCGCCCAGGCAGACUUUGCUAUGUUCAGCGGAACUCACGUGGAAAGAGACUUUGUGGAGGCUCCAUCUCAGAUGCUGGAGAACUGGGUGUGGGAGAAGGAGCCACUGCAGCGCAUGUCUAGGCAUUACAAGUCCAACAACCCAAUCCCAGAGGAGCUGCUGGAUAAACUUAUCAAGUCUCGACUUGCAAACACUGGUCUGUUCAACCUGAGGCAGAUCGUACUAGCUAAAGUAGAUCAAGCUCUUCACACAAAGUCAGGAGUGGAUCCAGCAGAGGAGUACGGGAAGCUCUGUCAGGAAAUGCUGGGGGUGCCUGCCACUGCAGGUACUAAUAUGCCAGCCACCUUUGGCCAUCUGGCAGGUGGUUAUGAUGCUCAGUACUACGGUUAUCUCUGGAGUGAGGUCUUCUCUAUGGACAUGUUCUACGCCCGCUUCAAACAGGAGGGUAUCAUGAACCCAAAGGUGGGUCUGGACUAUAGGAACUGUGUCUUGAAGCCUGGAGGCUCAGAGGAUGCUUCUGAAAUGCUGAAGAAAUUUCUAGGUAGAGAGCCCAAGCAAGAGGCUUUCCUCCUGAGCAAAGGACUGUCAGUGGACCUGGAGCAGGGCACACCCUGUGCCUGCUGACCAGUUACUAUCACACAAUACGUUAUCAAUGCCUCUCGGGAAAACGUUAGCACUCAAGCACUAGAGACUGCUCACUCAGAUUUCUCUGAAUCAGCACCCUGAAAUUUCACAUGCCCCAUCACACACUAUUACCAUUGAUUGCUCACUAUAUGGACAAAAUAUUGACACCUGCCCAAUCAUUGUUCCUUCUGACAUAAUGGAUAUUAAAAAAUGAAUCCUGCUGA